ACCUUAUAAUAUUCAGUAAAUUGAACUAUCAAAUAAUAUUAUAACAACCUCCACGCACACACCAAACCCCCUCUUCUCUAUAUAUACACACAUUUGCUUCCCCUGCUCCUCGUUCAAACAUUACAUAAUCCUUUGAUUAGUAUUAAAAAGUAUAUCUUUAUCUUCAACCAAGAAUGGGAGAGAAACAAGAAGGUGCCAAGGUUGCACAAGAUGAGAAGAAAGCAUCCGCCUUAGUCUCUUCUGAGACGACCGAUAACAAGCCAAAGUGUGGGGGAGGAGAUUCUGUGGCAGCCCCGGCGGCGGUGGUUGCCUCUGCCUUUGUUUACAAAGUGGAUAUGCACUGCGAAGGCUGCGCGAAGAAGAUCAAGCGAAUGGUGAAGCACUUCGCCGGAGUGAAAGAUGUGACGAUGGAUAUGGGUGGGAACAAGCUCAUGGUGGUCGGGAAGAUCGAUCCGAUGAAACUCCAGGAGAAGUUGGAGGAAAGAAUGAAGAGAAAGGUGGUACUGGCCAACCCACCGCCACCAUCACCGCCGAAAGUAGACGCAUCUACCGCCACCAGUGGAGAGAAGAAAGCCGAUGGUGUAGAUAAGGCGGCUCCUGCUCCUGCUCCUCCACCCCCGGCCGCUCCUAAAGAGAGCUCGGUUGCUUUGAAGAUCAGACUUCACUGCGAAGAAUGUAUUCAGAAAAUCAAGAAAAUAAUAUUGAAAAUUAAAGGCGUCCAAACGGUGGCUAUUGAUGCAGCCAAAGACACGGUGACUGUGAAAGGCACUAUGGAUGUUAAAGAACUUGUGCCUCUACUAGCUAAAAAGCUAAAACGAACCGUGGAGCCUCUUCUUCCGGCUAAAAAAGACGACGGUGCCGCCCCUCCCGCCGCCAAGAAAGAAGUCCCAGCCGCUGGAGCUAACGAAGCAAAGAAGGAAGGAGGUGAAGUCGUAGAGAAGAAGCAAGAGGGUGGCGAUAAUAAGAAAGAAGCCGGAGAGAAAAAGAAAGAGGCUGGAGAUGGCGGAGAGAAGAAGAAAGAGGCUGUAGAGGGCGGAGAUAAGAAGAAAGAGGCCGGAGACGGUGAGAAGAAGGAAGGUGGCGGCGUAGGAGGAGGAGUUGCGCCGGUGGCAAUGGUGAAUAAAAUGGAUUAUUAUGGAUACUCAUAUCCGACGGCUCCAAUGUAUUGGCAAGAAGGACACGUGUACGGACAGAGUUAUUCGAUUGAAGGUCAGACUUAUCCGAUGGGAGGUCAGACUUAUCCAGGUUCAGGAUACAAUUACUCGAGUGAAAGUUAUGUGCCGUACUCGUAUCAAAACAUGAACACGCCUCCUGGAAUGUUCAGCGACGAGAACCCUAAUGGCUGCUCUGUUAUGUAAACAUGCGCUUGAAUUGUAGAUACUUUUAAGGGUCGAACUCGAAACCUAAAAUGUGGAACAUUCACAAAUGGGUAGCUUUAGAUAAAUUUUUGAAAUUGAGAUAAUGUUUUUUUU